CUCUGCUCGUUGUUGGUUGUUGUUGUUUUUCCCUUUUUUCGACCGGUCGAAGUCAAAGUGUCGCGCAGCAAUGAAUUCUGGUAAACAAAAUCGGUGAUAAGAUAUAACUUCGCUUAAAUUAAUUAAAAGUCGCGCGAAAGCGUUUGCAAACGCAUAAAAUUAAGCGCGGAUUAAAGCUCGGCUUACGGCUGUGAGUGUGUGUGUUGGUGCGUCGCUGCCUGCGUGUGUAUGCGUGUUGGCCGAAAAAAAGAAGUUUUCCCGUUACCAUAUUUUGUACAAAGGCCAAAAGGGCGCAGCAUCUUCGCUCUGUCCUGCUCUCGCCUGAAGAGCAGCGUGAAUUUUGCAACUUCAGUUAUUGUGCAAACGGCAGGUGAAAAUAAGACACACACACAAAGUGGCCAGGUGCAAGGAGUGGGAGGAGAGAAAGAAGAAGAACGCCAGCAACUCCGCGCAGCCAAAAGGAAAACGAAUAGUGACGCAUAGAGGUUGCUAAUUACGACAGGCAUAUCGGUAUUGCAGCAGCAUCAUCAGUAAUGGAGCUGGAGCCGCGUGUGGCCAUCCUGCAGGACCUGCGCCUGCAGACCUUUGACUCCAUCCGUUUCGCCUCCUAUCGCACCGCCUCCAAGCUGCGCUACAUACAAAAGUCAACGAAUCUGCAUCUGGUGGACAUAUGGAACGUUAUCGAGGCAUUCCGCGAGAAUGGCCUCAAUACCCUGGAGCCACAGAGCGAGGUGAGCGUGGCCAGGCUGGAGACGCUUGUGUCCUCGCUGUAUCACAAUCUCAACAAGCGGCUGCCCACCGCCCAGCAGGUGCCUGUCGACUCUAAAGCGGGUUUGCUGCUCAAUUGGCUGUUGGCUGCUUACACAAGUGAUAACUCGGGCAAAAUUCGCGUAUUCUCCAUCAAGGUGGCCCUGGCUACCAUGUGCUCUGGCAAACUGGUGGACAAACUCAGAUAUAUAUUCUCGCAGAUCUCGGAUGGCGCUGGCCAGCUGGUGGCCUGGAAACUGGGCGAAUUCCUGCGCGAGGUGCUGGCCCUGCCGGCGGCCGUGUACGAGUCGCCCACAUUCCACUACAAGGAGGGGCUCGAGGAGGAGAUCUUCCCGGCCGAGAACAAGGUGACGGUGAACGAUUUUAUGGCCACGCUUAUGUCCGAGCCGGGGCCGUCCUGCCUCGUCUGGCUGCCGCUGGUGCACCGGCUGGCCACUGUGGAGACCAUUGUGCAUCCGACUGUCUGCUCUGUUUGCCACAAGGAAAACUUCACCGGGUUUCGUUAUCGCUGUCAGCGGUGCCACGCCUACCAGUUGUGCCAGGAGUGCUUCUGGCACGGCAAGACAUCGCUGAACCACCAGAACGAUCACGAGGUCAAGGAGUACUCGAGCUACAAGUCGCCCAGCAAACAGAUCGGUCACUCGCUGCGCAAGAGCUUCCGCUGUGUGCCCGAGAAGACGGCGCAGGUGCUACCCCGCUUCCCCGACCAGCCGGAGAAGACGCUCAACCUGUCGCACAUCGUGCCACCCUCGCCGCUGCCCUCGCACAAUGGCUUCUCGGACCCCUCGGGCCUCGUAUCCGGCCACCAUGGCGGACCCCAUCCGGGUCACCCGGGCCAGCACGGCCUGCCGCCUGGCCUCUUUGAUCGCUCCAGCACCCUCGAUUCACGGGCCACCGGUCGCAGUUUGGAUAGCGCCAGCGGCACCACCAUGUCCCGUGUGGCCGCUGCCUCCGCCAAUGAUGAGGAGCACCGUCUAAUUGCCCGCUAUGCCGCCCGAUUGGCCCAGGAGAACCGAGCGCCCUCCAACUUGCCCGACAGUGCCACGCCCAUUGGCACGGACAACUCGCGGGCCCAACGCGAGCUGAUUGCCCAACUGGAGUCCAAGAACAAGGAGAUAAUGCGGGAGAUAGCGCGCCUGAGGCGCCAGCAGGAGACGGAGCAGAUGGCACCGGAGAAUCCGGCGCUGAUCAACGAGCUAAGGGCUUUGCGGCAGCGGAAGGGAGAACUCGAGGGCCACUUGGGCGCCCUGCAGGACUCACGGCGGCAGCUGAUGGAACAACUGGAGGGCCUGAUGCGUAUGCUGAAGAACCAACAGACCGCCUCGCCCCGCUCCACGCCCAACUCGAGUCCACGCUCAGGGAAGUCGCCACCGAUGCCAGGCGGCGGCGGGGGAGGAGGAGGAGGAGUAGGAGCUGGUAUCCUUGGCACCUCACCCAUGAGUGCCCUGCACGCCCAGCAGAUGCAGCAGCAUCCCAUGGCCGGUGGCGUGCGGGCCGCCCAACAGCAGCUCCUCCAGCAGCAACAACAGCAGCAGGCCCAUGGCCACGGUCCCUUCAGCCAGAGCCAGCUGGAUCAGCUCAACCAGAUCAGCAGCGACAUGCGCAGCGCCUUCGCCGCCAACGGAAGUGCAAAUUUCGACGAGUCUCAAUCGUAUAACCAAGAGUGGAACGAAAAGGCAAAUGCGAAUAGCCAAUGGCAGGAGCAGUUUGCCCAAUGGAGUCUUAACUCGCAGAAGAACUAAGAAGACACCGCCUCACCAGUGGACCAGUAUACCAUGCCGGAGCCCCAGGAGGACGAACUCGCGCUUAGCUUUUUACACCCUACCUUAACUCAUAUUUACGUUGACUUAGAGCAAUUUAUUUAUUAUUAUUAUUAUUUAAUGGAGCCGUAGCCGUAGACUUUCUUCUCUCGGGAUAUAUGAUUAUUUUACUGAAGCAAAGAAUAUGAAUAUACAAUUGAAUCUCGUUGAACAAGAUACGUACAUGGACGUACUGCUAAUGGGCAAUAAGAGACAUGUAUGGCGUUUUAAUUUUAGGUUUCUGCGACUCUGUAAUGCUCGGCUUUUAGAUUUUGUAAGCCCGCGCGUCAGCGCUUAUUUAUUACCAGCAAAACUUAACAACAACCGAAAAUCAAACAUGUACGAGUAAUGCGUAAUACAAAUACGAUAUAGAAACUUAUUAUGUACUUAAACUUAAACCUAAACUAGCAACUUGUUAAAGAACCGAAAAUCAAAUUCUAAACCGGGGCUGGAAGGGCAUCGGGCUUUUCAACGUUUUUAUGACGAUGCUGUUCCAGUUCUAAACGCUAAAACUUAUAUACACAAUAUACACACACUUUGAGAUACGAUUGAAGACAACAAAACGGAAAAUGAAAAACUAUUUGAGCCACAGUAAAGAAAAACAAAAACAAACCCAAUGUUAAACACUAAAAACUAAAACGAUCGCCGCGUUUCGAUUUAUACUUAAUCUCCAUUUAUAAUAUGCAUUCAUACCGCAAAAGUUAUACCAUAUAAUCGUAAAUGCAUAUAGAGCACGACGAGAUAUAGAGAGAAUCCGACAUUUAUAUAGAACGUAUACAUAAAUAACUACUGAAGAAUAUUACAAAAAGAGAAAAACUAAAUAAAAAUGCAUUUUAAACAA